CCGUUGCGCGCUCACUUCCGCCGCCAGGGGUGCGCCAGGGCGGAGCCGGCUCUAGCCCUAUCCACGUCCCCAGAGGAGGGGUGCGGGUGCUGCGGGGGGCGGCAGCCAUGGCGCUGGUGGAGCUGGACAGAGCCUUCCACCGCUCCCCGCGGGGCGCCGUUAAGAUCGCCCGCAUCCUGUUGGCGUGGGGGAUGUUCUGCUGCUUCUUGGGGGCCCGCGCCCGCGGGAUGUACACGUCGCUGGCCGGCAUGGAGGUGGUGAUCACGACGCUGUGCUUCCUCCUGUACUUGCUGAAGCUCGAUAAAAAGAUGACGUGCCUGUUCUGGCCUCUGGCCGAUAUUUUUAACUCGAUGAUUGCAGCAGUGUUCCUCCUCGUUGUGUCCUUGUUUGCAGUAGUAGUCGAGACCAGCAAGGCGACAGUGGCAGGAGGUGUGUUUGGGUUUAUAUUGCUUAUUCUCUGUGGUGUGGAUGCAGUUGUUUUGUGGAAGAUUAGCUUUGGUGGACGAAGAGAAAGGAAUGAUCCUGCCAAAUAACAUUUUAGUAAAAGAACGAUUUCUCCACUG